AUGAUGUCGCUGUUCCAAAAUUUGAAGGUGUAUAUCGUUCCCAGGGCGAUCGAUGAAUCUAAGGUUGAUUUGGUGCGACGAGUGCUGACGGAAAACGGCGCCAGGUUAAGCUCCUACCUCACCGAUUCGGUCAGCUUCUUGGUCGCCGAUUUGGCAGAGUCUUCAGAAGUCGGGGAGGCUCGGGAAAUCUACGAUAUACCCGUGCUUACGUUUCACGUAGCGAAGCAGUGCUUUAAAACUGUUUUGUGCGACGUCGGUGCGAUUCUUCCGCUUCCGUUCCAUUUGAAACGAAUGCGGAAGUGUCCAGUGUUUACCAACUUGUUUGUUGCUCGACGAUCAGCUGUCGCGCUGUGUUAG